AUGAGGACUGCUGCAUAUUCCUGUGACGUCAGCCGGGUGUUGCUGCUCCACCUGAUGCUCGCCCCGACCCCCAGCUGGGGCGCCCGGGCCGCCCCACCGACCCCGAAGCUGCUGAUUGGCUUCCAGGCUCCGUGGAACACGUCCUUCCCCUUCAGCGCUCUACGGCUGGGCUCCGCCAUCCAGAUCGCCGUGGACAAGAUCAACACCAACCCCUCCCUGCUGGGCAAUUACAGCCUGGGCUUCGUCUACGCGGACACACGAUGCAGUCCCAAAGUGUCCCUGGGGGGGUUCAUUCAGCAGGUGUGGAGGGAGAACGUGUCCGCUGUGUUCGGGCCGGCGUGUCCUGAAGAGGCUGAGGUGACAGGCCUCAUCGCGUCGGCGUGGAGCGUCCCCAUGUUUGGCUUCGUGGGACAGUCCUCCAAAAUGGACAACGCCGAUGUCUACGACUCAUACGUCAACAUCGUGCCUCCUCUUAAGAGGAGCGCCGAGGUUCUGGUGAAGACCUUGGAGUUCUUUGGCUGGACCCACGUGGCCAUGAUCGGCGGCGGGUUGGACUCCAACACGUGGGACAAAGUGGACGCGCUGUGGAAGACCGUGGAGACGCCCCUGAGGUCGAGGUUCAAGCUGACGGCAGCCGUCAAGUUCGACACCAGCGAUCGGCAGCUGGUGUACCGGAAUGUGAAGUACAUUGCCACCGUUGCCAGAGUGAUUGUAGUUCUGACUAACAAGGACGACUCCUUGACUCUGCUGCUCGAGGCAGAGCGCCAGGGCCUGAUGGCCGGCGACUACGUUUUCUUCCUGGUGCAACAUUUUGAGGACAACAUGUGGAAAUACUCCCUGGACAGCCACAUCAACCAAGCGGCCAUUCGAGCUUUCGACAUGACCUUCAUCAUCGGCCAGAAGUCGUACGAAGGCUACGAGUACUAUGACUUCUUCAAGCAGGUUUUUCAGAGACUAAAAGGACCUCCUUUCCUGAGCAACCUGACGUCGGAGAGAGAGGUUAGCACCUACUCGGCCUACCUGCAUGACGCCGUGCUUCUUUACGGCAUGGCCUUGAAGGAGGUCUUGAAGGACGGCAAGGAUCCUCGCGAUGGUCGAGAGAUUCUGCAGAGUUUAAAAAACAAGAACAGCAUCCGCUUCUACGGAGCUUCUGGACUGGUCCACUUUGACGAAGAUGGGGAAAGAAAUCUGGACUAUUCCAUCUACGACUUGCAGUCCGCAAGAGGCACCAUAGCGUUUGUGCCCGUCCUGCAUUUUGACAGCACCAGCAAGACCAUCCGACCAACAGCCAUGUUUAGUUCUGUGAUUUGGCCCAGAGGAAUACCACCAUCUGAUAACCCAGAGUGUGGUUUCAACAACGAGCUCUGUGAAUGGCUGAGCAACGACAUCGCUCUAAUGGCCCUACUCAUCACCUUCCCCGUCAUCGGCGCGCUCUCCGUGUUGGGCAUCGGCAUCCUGGUCCUGCAGAAGCUGCGGCUCCAGACGAGACUGGAGGACUCACGCUGGUGGCUGAUCAAUUACAGUGACAUCAGCAUCAUCAGAGAGGCAUCGGGUGUGCAGGGAAUGUCCCUCAGCACCACAAGGAGUCAGAGUGGGAGUGGAGGCUCGUACUCUACCUUGUCCAACAACAGCUACGGCCUGAGGGACAAGAUGGGUAAAGAACACAUCUACUCCACCAUUGGCCUCUACCAGGGAAAUCAAGUAGCCAUCAAGUACAUGAGAAACCACGUUUGUGACAACCUCCAGACCCCAUCAGUCCUUGCCGAGUUCAACAUGAUGAAAGAGAUGAAGCAUGAGAACCUGAUACAGUUCUUCGGAGCGUGCGUGGAGCCACCACACGUGUGUCUGGUCACGCAGUACUGCAGGAAAGGUAGCUUGAAGGAUGUUUUGAAAGCCUCGGACGUCGAGCUGGAUGGGAUGUUCAAGCUCUCCUUUGCAUAUGACAUCGUCAAUGGCAUGGACUUCAUUCACAAGAGCAGCCUCAAGUUUCACGGCAAUCUGAAGCCUGGCACCUGCAUGGUGGACAGCCGGCUGCAGAUUAAACUUUCUGGAUUUGGAUUGUGGGAGUUUAAAUAUGGCGGAAAAGGCAAGCUCGUCCGUCCGGAAAGUCCCAAAUAUGAAGGAUUGUACUGGACAGCGCCUGAACUUUUGAGACAAGGCAACCCCCCCGUCAAGGGGACGCCUAAAGCAGACGUGUACAGCUUUGCCAUCAUCCUGUGGGAGCUCAUGUACAACUCCAGCAAUGGACCGUACCACGACAUCCACCUGCAGCCUAAAGAGAUCAUCACCAGGCUGCGGGGGCCUUUCCACGGGGAACACCUCAGGCCCGCACUGUCCGAGCUGUGCGACGACAACAUCAACUCGUUGCUCAGGGUCUGCUGGAAUGAAAACCCAGACCACCGACCGCCGUUUAGAUCCAUACUGAGACAACUGAAGGACACCAGCCCAGACAGCCAUGCAAAUAUCCUGGACAACAUGGUGGACAAGCUGGAGAAAUAUGCAAAUCACCUGGAGGAGGUGGUGGAGGACAGGACCAAUCAGCUGGUAGCCGAGAAGGCCCGUGCAGACAAGCUCCUCUCCAGCAUGUUGCCAAGGUACAUUGCCGACGAGCUGAUGGCGGGUAAGUCGGUGGAGCCUCGCAGCUACGAAUUAGUGAGCAUCUUUUUCUCCGACAUCGUGGGCUUCACCUCCAUGUGCUCGGUCAGCUCGGCCAUGGAGGUGGUCAUGUUCCUCAACGACCUCUACAGCCUCUUUGACGACAUCAUAAGGAUGUACGAUGUCUAUAAAGUGGAGACAAUCGGUGACGCCUACAUGGUGGCCAGUGGGCUCCCCAUCAGCAACGGCCUGCAGCACGCCGUGGAGAUCUCCACCAUGGCUCUGCACUUCCUGAGUUCCAUCAAACACUUCCGAAUCCGUCACAUGCCCUCCGAGAGUCUGGCCAUCCGCAUCGGGAUUCACUCAGGUCCUGUGGUUGCUGGAGUGGUCGGCAGCACCAUGCCUCGCUAUUGUUUGUUUGGCGACACAGUCAACACAGCCUCUCGCAUGGAGAGCAACAGCUUACCCUUGAAGAUUCACAUAUCUCAGCGCACCGCUGACAUUCUGGUUCAGGUGGGCUCGUUUGAGCUGGAGCAAAGAGGAGAAAUUGAAAUGAAGGGCAAAGGCUCCCACAAGACAUACUGGCUGCUAAGCAAGGAAGGAUUCAACCCUCCACUGGCCGAUGAUGGCCCUGCACAAGCAGAAGGAAGCCUGCAGCUGGCAACAGAGAAAACAGGGGGCCCGUGCAGAGCUGCAGAGAAAAGAACCAAGAAAGCUCCGAGCGACAACACCACUAUGCCGUCAGUGGACAUUUAA